CUGGUUUUUCAGGAAUGGAAAGUUUUGUUAGAAAGCCAGACAAAUGGUAAGCCCAGUGUAGCCGCUAAAGCUGAAUCGAAACCCAAAAAGACUGUGCCUUCGAAUGAAACGAAUGGGAAUUCAAGCCAUUUACCGCAACCGGUAACGUCCCAGAAGAACUCUACUCCGUCCACCGAUAGUUCUUCGGGACCAAGUGCCCCACCAGUCAAGAAGCAACUUAAUCCCGACGAAAUAAGAAAUAAGUGCGCAACAAUGAUUUUGGAUGCGUUGCUUUCGAGGGAACUCCCGGUCGGGACGCUUGAUCCCGAAGAUCUGGCCAUCCGAACGGAGCAAAAACUAUUCGAGGUUCAUCGUGGCACGACAGACAAGUACAAAUCGGCGCUACGAAGUCGCGUAUUUAACCUGAGAGAUAAAAAGAACCUGACAUUGCGUGAAAACGUUCUCAUCGGCGCCGUUUCUCCAGAAAAGUAA